UUUGAUAUUUUCAAUCUCGGUUGAUGCUGAUUUACAGCAGAUAUCUCUUCUAUUUCCGGGCAUGUAUUUGAUGGGCCAAGACAAUGUAAUAUUUCCUCGGUACAACACCAAGUGUGACCAGCUGCUCUGACCAAACAGCAGGAACAAGACAAUGUAAUAUUUGCUCAGUACAAAGCCAAGGGUGACCAGCUGCUCCUAACAAACAGCAGAAAAACACUUGAAGGAACAAGACAAAGUAACAUUUCUCCAGUACAAAGCCAAGUGUGACCAGAUCCUUCUGACAAACAGCAGAUCCUGACAGAUCCACAUUGUGUCCCACACUAACCAAUCACAGAGAGGCUGAUGUCAUGGUCUGACAUUCUUGUAAACUACCCAAUCAGGAACAAGGAUUUCCCCCAUCCUUCAUUAGCAUUGCUGACGCCGUCAGGCUAUAAAAUGCGAGCUCCGAGCCCACUUUCCCUCAUUCUGUAUCUGAAACUGACUGUCAUUAUGGCAGAUGAGAAGAAAGCGCAGCCAACUUCCAAGAAGGGCGCGAAGAAAAUCAUUAAGAAAGCGCCAGGGAAAGGCAGCAAGAAAAGGAAACGAUCCAGGAAAGAAAGUUAUUCCAUCUAUAUUUACAAAGUGAUGAAGCAGGUUCACCCCGACACCGGCAUCUCCUCCAAGGCCAUGAGCAUCAUGAACUCGUUCGUCAACGAUAUUUUCGAGCGUAUCGCGGGGGAGGCUUCCCGCCUGGCCCAUUACAACAAGCGCAGCACCAUCAGCUCCCGGGAGAUCCAGACCGCCGUGCGGCUGCUGCUGCCCGGGGAGCUGGCCAAGCACGCCGUGUCGGAGGGUACAAAGGCGGUGACCAAGUACACCAGCUCCAAGUGAGACACCACAUUGUGCUGAAAGCACACACAAAUCCAAAACCCAAAGGCUCUUUUAAGGGCCACCCACAAUUUCCCUGAAACAGCUGAACCGUUUUAACUUAGAUAGUGGGAACUGCCGAUGUUGGAGAAUCUGAGACAUCAAGGUGUCGAGCUGGAUGAACACAGCGGGCCAAGUAGCAUCAGAGGAGCAGGAAAGCUGACGUUUCGGGUCGAGACCCUUCUUCAGAAAUGAAGUUUUAACUUAAUAAUUGAUUCUGGGUCUGUAUAAUUAAUGUCCCUAAACUUUGUGUUCCUUUUUAGUAAAGGUUCGAAAAGUUAUCGUGUGGUCCCUGACCCUCUGCCCUUUAUUCGCGGUUGCGUACAUACGCAGUCUCUUUUCCCUGCCUGUAUAGAGAGAUAUUUAUCGUCACGGAGUCAUUUUUCACCAACUUCUUUAUUUUCCAGUUACUCUUUAACCCAUAAUCAGGGCAGAAGCUGCAGUGCCCCGUGGGGUAUGAAACACGAGUUUCACCCCCUGGAAAGAAAAGUAACUGUUCGAGUCCCACGAAUAGAUUUUGCAAUUUACUUGUCCUUUUUCAUUAAAUUUUCAAAACUCCA